AUGAGUUCUGCGGGAGGUCCUUCGGCUGUAGCGAAACCGAUCAAAAGGGCUUGCGAUCAGUGUCAUGCACGGAAGGUCAAAUGCAGCGGUCAAGAGCCUUGCGAAACAUGUCAGAGAUCGGACCUCACUUGCUCAUUUCUGAAACCGGUCUUACCGAAAGGUCCAGCACCGAGGUCGAUGUCAUAUCGAGCUCGUAAGGGAAUCGUGCCUGGUAAUGGUGCACGUAUCUCUCGCUCUUCCUCCCCUGUGCGACGACCUAGAGAAGAUUCCGUUCAGAGUUGGAAAUCUGAUGCAUGGAGAGACUUUGAUACGACUUUUCAACCAGCUCAAUGGAAUUUUUCGUCACUGCAACCCGAGGAGACUGCGUCAGCUUCAGCUGUAUUGGAAGGCUUGUGGGAAGAAAUCUGUGCGGAAUCUAGUGGUGAAAGUACCAAUACUGUUGUGGACGAGAUCCGGACCACUAGUCCCACCUCAAGCUUUUCUACUCAACCAGGAUUGCUAGACACGUUUGAUCCCUUUCUCUUGACGACCCCCCCGCCCCCGAUUCCAACUAAUAGCAAUCCAACGUCGACCUUUGAUGACACAAACCUCUUUUCCCUACUCAGCCAAGCUCUCGUUCCCAAUACCAACAUUGCUCAACCAAACUUUUAUAACAAUUUCUCUGUUCUGGGUUCCACUUUCACUCCGUCCACUAGUAUCCCAUGGUCCUUACCAUUCUGUCCACCCGAAGAUGUAUCUCCUAUACUCACUCUCACCCUCGAAACUCUUAUUAAGCCUCAACUAGAAGUGUUCUUUGAGCGAGUAUAUCCGAUGAUACCCAUCUUCCCCCGAUCUUUCGUCUUUGGCAGACUAGAGGAUGUCGAAUAUCAUCAAAAUCGGGCAUUUGUCGCCCUCAUAUUAGCGAUGGUAUCCCUCUCACUGAUACACCCGUUGAAGCCGGAGGAAGUAAGAAGUCGUCCCACAAGAGCCAAACAAAGUCAAACAUUGAUGGAUGAAGUGUAUCGACUCAGGUCAAAGAUGGAUUGGGCAUCACAGACAAGUGUGGAGGGAGCGACAACAAGCUUUGUGAUGUUUGGAGCGCUGUUUGAACUCGGUCAUGCCGAAGGAUCGCGGCUCAGAUUGAGAGAAGCAUUAGGUAUUGGAGAGCUUUUGAAAUUGGAUGAAGCGAGAACGUACAUGAACGUGGAGCCCGACGAAGCGAGGCGGCGAAUGCGCCUGUUCUGGGUUUUGGGAAUUACCGAAAGGGCAUUCGCUUUACAGAGAUAUGGAGCCAUUACAUUCCAUGGGUCGCUGCAGAUACCUGCUUUCAUGGCUUUGGAUCCGACACAAGAUUUGGCAUCACGUACUUUGCAUCACCUUGCAAGAUUAUUCUCUUUUGUUGAUUCGAAUUUGGUGACUUGUUGGAACGGUAAAUGUGACCCUACGACCUGUACGGAUCUCCCGAGGGCGAAGGUUUUAAGGAUCCUGCGAACAUUGAACGGUACACCGAGUCAAGUAUUUGGGAGUGAUAUUGCUCUUACAGGGUUGAGCGAUGUACAGCAGGCGGAUCUUUUGAUCACUUGGCAAUGGCUAAGAAACCGUGUUUGGCGAUUGGCGGUUGGCCAUGGAUUGACAGAUGAGAAUGCGGAAGCAGAGUUAGGUGUUGGGUAUGUCGUGGAUGUGGCAAGUGCAACCGUUUUGAUCUGCCGGAGACUCAGUGCUGGAGCACUAGAAGCUCAUGGGUGUGGAUUUGUGGAAAAACUAUACGACAUCGCCUCGAUAGUCACUGAGCUAAUGCAGAGUUCGCCACAACUACAAAGUAAGCUUAUGGACGUGGCCAGAACAGAUCAAUGGAACGAUCUCUUGCAAAGCUUGUAUAAUUUGGUUGCUCAACAUUCUUCCGGCACCACCUUUAUACAACCGAUGUCGCAGGCCUUGUCAAUUGCCAAUGGUGUCAGAAUGCUGUGUGCGUCUACUGGCUGA